AGGCUCUAGGCUGGUCCCCUCCACCGGCUGUGCGAAGUCGCGGAACAACUUUGUCUCUCUCCAGCAAUGCAUCUCUAUGCGAUUCUAUUUUGUGUUCUCUGGUCUGCAGCGUGUGCCGAGAACUCGGAUGACUAUGAGCUCAUGUAUGUGAAUUUGGACAACGAAAUAGACAAUGGACUCCAUCCCACUGAGGAGCCUACGCCGUGUGACUGCCGUCGGGAGCACUCCGAGUGGGACAAGCUCUUCAUCAUGCUGGAGAACUCGCAGAUGAGGGAGGGCAUGCUGCUGCAGGCCACCGACGACGUCCUCCGUGGCGAGCUGCGGAGGCUGCGGGCAGAGCUGGGCCGGCUGGCCGGCAGUCUGGCCAGGCCGUGCGCACCGGCAGCCCCCGCGGAGGCCAGGCUGGCCCCGGCGCUGGACGAGCUGCUGCAAGCGAGCCGCGAGGCGGGCCGCAGGCUGGCGCGCCUGGAGGGCGCCGAGGCGCAGCGCCCGGGGGAGGCGGGGCGCGCCCUGGACGCCGUGCUCGAGGAGCUGCGGCGGACGCGAGCGGACCUCCGCGCUGUGCAGGACUGGGCGGCCAGGCGGUGGCUGCCUGCAGGUUGUGAAACAGCGAUUUUAUUCCCAAUGCGUUCCAAAAAGAUUUUUGGAAGCGUGCAUCCAGCGACACCAAUGAAGCUUGAAUCUUUUAGUGCCUGCAUUUGGGUCAAAGCCACAGAUGUAUUAAACAAAACCAUCCUGUUUUCCUAUGGCACGAAGAGGAAUCCAUAUGAGAUGCAGCUGUACCUCAGCAAUCAGUCCAUGGUGUUUGUGGUGGGUGGAGAGGAGAACAGACUGGUUGCCGAUACUGUGAUUUCCCUGGGAAGGUGGACCCAUCUGUGCAGCACCUGGAAUUCAGAGAAAGGGCUCAUGUCCUUGUGGGUAAAUGGUGAACUGGUGGCUACUACUGUAGGGAUGGCCACCGGUCACAUUAUUCCUGAGGGAGGCAUACUGCAGAUUGGCCAAGAAAAGAAUGGCUGCUGUGUGGGCGGUGGCUUUGAUGAAACAUUAGCUUUUUCUGGAAGACUCACAGGCUUCAAUAUCUGGGAUCGUGUUCUCAGCAACGAAGAGAUAAGAGAGACUGGAGGAGCAGAGUCAUGUCACAUCCGGGGAAAUGUUGUUGGGUGGGGAGUCACUGAGAUUCAGCCACAUGGAGGAGCUCAGUAUGUUUCCUAAGCGUUGUGAAACUCUACUUGAAGCCAAAGAAAGAAACUCACAUUUUAAACAUAUGCCAGCUGGGAAGGUCUAAAAACCUCAAUGCAUAUUAAGAACACUUGAGACUAAUGAAGGAGAGAGUUGAGAUCAAUCUUUAUUUAUCUUGGCAAAAAACUGAAUAAACAGUUGAGCAAAGACAUCGGAGAAGGCUUUUGGGGAUAUUGUUACUAGACUUUAUGCCACAGUGCUUUCAAAUUAAUGCGGUGUCUUUGUCCGAUAAACU